AUGGGCAACCCCUUUGAAGAAGAAAGCACAGAUUUGCUGGUCCUAGACACACAGGAGAUCCUGGGCCCAGCUGCAGUAGAGAGUCCUCUGCAAGGGAGUGAUUCAGAGCUUUUCUCCAGACUAUACAUCACAUGCCAAACCAGAGAUGGCGAUCUCGAGCAGUUCUUCAAACAUGAGAACAGUGCACACCCGCCUGCACUAUCACAAAAUGGACGGAUCCGCUUUGGUUCCAAAUCUGACUUGCUGAGGCCUUUGGAACAGCUUGUUGAACCAACGUCUCACCCACCACAAGUCUCUUCUGUGAUCCUCGAUGGGGCUGCAGUGGUUCAAAUGCUGAACCCUGGCCACAGCAAAACAUUUCUUGACUAUGCCACAGACGUAUUCGUUCCAUACAUUCUGUCACAGCUUCAAAAUCAUUCUCGUCUGGAUCUAGUGUGGGACCGCUAUGCAAACUCAGGCAGCUUGAAGGCAACUGCAAGGGCUAACAGAGGCAAGGGAAUCCGCAGACGUGUUACUGGCACUGCCCUGUUACCAGGGAACUGGCACACAUUCCUCCGUGUCGACGAGAACAAGGAAGAACUCUUCCACUUCCUGUCUAAGCAGGUCAUGGAGUCCAUCAAUGUGCCAGAGAAACAGCUGAUUGCUACUGACGGUGAACAGGUCAUUGCUGUACCACCCUUUGAAGACACAGCAGCUUUGGCCCCAUGCAAUCACGAGGAAGCGGACACGCGCAUGAUGGUUCAUGCAGCAGAUGCUGUUAAAUCUGGACACCGCAGAAUACUCAUCCGUACCGUGGACACAGAUGUGGUGGUUCUUGCUGUGUGGAUGGCCCAGGAGCUACAUGAGGCAGUCGAUGAACUAUGGCUAGCAAUUGGUACUGGCAAGAGCUUCCGCUACAUAGCAGCACACAAGCUGGCUGCUUCACUGCCAGACAAAUCCAAGGCACUGCCAGUCUUCCAUGCAAUCACAGGGUGUGAUAUAGUCUCGAGCUUUGCAGGUCGUGGCAAGAUAACUGCAUGGGCAGUAUGGGACAUUUUCCCAGAAGUGACAAAUGCAUUUCUGACCUUGGCAUCUGCACCAAAGGUGAAUCUGGCAAGGAAGAAACUCUUUGCAAAGAAAGCGCGAUCUAUUGAAGCAAUACCUCCAACACAGGCAGCCCUAGAACAGCAUGUGAAGAGGGCAAUGUACCAGGGUGGAUAUUGUUGGGGGCAGUCUCUUGUCCCACGCUGCACUCUACCAUCACCAUGUGACUGGGGGUGGGUGGAAAAUGACGGACAGUUUGAUCCUUUGUGGACAACACUACCAGAAGCUGCCAAAUCCUGCUAUGAACUGAUCUCUUGUGGUGCAAAAAGGUUGCAGUGGGAGAUGCAAGUGUAA